AUGUACGCAAUUGCUGGCGGCGGUCGGUCGCGCGCGGUGUACUAUGGGAUUGGGCGACUUAAGACGGUAGGAGAUACGGCGGUGGAGAGGAGUGCGUUCGAGGACAUCGGACUGAAGGAAUUGGCGGAUGGGGGAGCGGUGGGUUGUAGAGCAUCGAGUCGUUCCGGUGGAGACGCGAGGGUGCAAAAGUACGAAGGUCCUGACAUCACGCACGCGACUGCCCACCCCACAACUAACACGAAAUCAUCCACCGCCUCGCAGGCCGUCUGCGACAAGAUACCGAUGUUCCCUCUCCCCCCCUCUCCCGCCUCGCGAACCAGCUCCCGCAAGAAGCCCCGACGCUCUCUGAUCGACCCGAGCAACUGGAACAACAACCACCUAGCGACAGUCGGAGCAAUCGUGAGCUUCGGGUUGCUUUUGCCAGCCGGCACAGCCCCGCCAGAACUUCUCGAAGCGGUGCAAAACACCGCGGAACCGUUCACCGACGCCUUCAGUCCCGGCUUCUGCACGACGAUCCACCUAUUCCCGAUCGCCGAAACCUCGUACGAGCUCAAUGAGCUCUCCGCCACCCCGUACCACAUCGAGCUGCGCCAGAAGUGUUGCACCGAGCUGAUCGAGCAGGUGCUGUGCUACCUCUGCCCGCGCUACGAACGGCCGUAUUACCACUUCUCGCUGCGAUACCACGACCGAACCGUGCAUUGGCGUGCGCGCGGAUACAUCAGCACACGGCUGUGGGUGGUCGAGCCGAAGCGGCGACGUGUAGACUUUGCGGAGGAGGCGGCGUUCGUGCUCUCGCUAGCGCAGGAGUUCAUGGGGUCGCAGGAGACGGAGUGGGAAGUGUGGUUGGUGUCGGUGCGGGCGGGGAAGGCGGCCGUGAUCAAGGCGACGGUGCUGGGACGGUUACUCGAUGCCCUGCAGUUGGAAACGAUGUGGAAAGUGGUCGGGCUCAAGGGCGGAAUGCGCAUGGAGGUCGGCAGGGAGUACCGUCUAACGGAUCCGAAGCAGAAGGUCGAAUUCGUGCAGAUUCUGGCGGGCAUGGCGCCGAUCGCGAAUGCGUUACGUGAUACUGAGGAGAGAUAUAUCAAGGCGGCGUCGUGGUAG